AUGGCAUAUGGCUUUGGUCCAGAUGGUAAAACAUUUCUGGCAUUUGCAUCCGUUUCAGUAAUCACAUACAUUGUCUGGCGGACGGUAUACUACGUCUAUUUCCAUCCUCUUCGAGAAUUUCCGGGACCCUUCCUCGCCAAGUUUUCGAGGUUUCCACUUAUCAGGUCCCAUUUCCAGGGAAAGACGUACAAAUACGUGAUCGACCUCCAUGAACAAUAUGGAAGCAUCGUUCGCAUUGCUCCGGAUGAACUGGCAACCACAGAGUUAGAGGCCUGGAAGGAUAUUUAUCAAGCCAAGCCGCAAUUGCCUAAGGAUCCGUUAAGUUUUACGCCUCCGUUAAAUGGUGCCGACACACUUUUCACUGCUCAGGGAGCGACCCAUCAGAGAAUGCGUAGGACGUUGGCCAAUGCAUUCUCUGAUAAAGCUCUGCGUCAGCAGAACCCGAUCAUCCAGCAUUACGUGGAUCUAUUCAUAGAACGCAUAGAGCGAGAGCUGCAAAAAAGCACGACCCUGGAUAUCACCAAAUUCUACGGAUUCCUAUCGCUCGACAUUAUCGGCGACUUAUCGAUUGGCAAGUCUUUUCACGGCCUUGAGGGCGAGAACGAGCACUCAUGGCUUGAUGAUUUCUGGAUGGGCGUCACUUUCGGCUCCUUGCGGACUAGCCUCGCGCGCUUCCACCCGCUUGAACUGAUCUUUGGCUUUUUGUUUCUGCGUCUGACGAGGAAGCAAAGGGCAAACAAUUGGAAAUACGUCACCGACAGCAUCACCGAAAGAUUGCACAAAGGCAGUCUUGAUGGCGAACGAUGGGAUUUCCUCACUCCUGUUAUUGGCAACGUCAACGAAGGCAGGGAGGAAGGUAUUACGCGGAGCGAGCUCGACGGCAAUACACUCGCCAUGAUCAUCGCAGGCUGCGAGGUCUCCACCGUGGCAUUGUCCGCCACCACCUACUUCUUGCUGCGGAAUCCAAGCACUGUCGAUCGCCUUGCGGAGGAAGUGCGGAGUUCGUUUCAGAAUGAAGCAGAAAUCGAUGUCGGCUCGACCUUCGAGUUGCCAUACCUGAACGCUAUUAUCAACGAGGGCCUCAGAAUGCACCAUCCAACGCCUUCUCCGCUGCCAAGAGUGGUGCCUUCAGAGGGGCUGAAAAUCGCGGGCCAGUGGAUCCCCGGCGGGGCGAUUAUCGGAAUUUGCCCUCAAGCUAUACAAACGGACAAGGCGCAUUUCAACGACCCGCUUAGCUUCAAUCCAGAAAGAUGGUUAGAAGAAUCCCACAAAUACUUCGACGAGCGCUUCCGGUACGACAACCGCGAAGCUAGCAAGCCAUUUUCUGUUGGUCCACGAAACUGUAUCGGCAGCAAGCUGUAUCUCGGCGAGGCACGUGUAACGUUUGCACGCCUACUCUUCAAAUAUGACAUAGAGAUGUUUGACAAAUCAGACUCCGAAUGGACUGACCAGAAGGCAUUCUUGAUCUUUAAGCCAACGCCCUUGCAGGUCAAGUUGAUGCCUCGGGGAGUUCAAAGCCAAGCCGUACCACAGGAACGCGGCAGUAUAAAUCGUUGAUACGACACCCCGACGCUGUGUCACAAUCGUGCACCGAAUGCUUGAAAUCCGCAAACAUGUAUAUGUACGUGCGACCUGGAACCGAUAAAGCUCCUCAAAACCCCGAAACGCAAGGUCUCGACAUCAUGGAUAAUUAGAACGCUC